AUGUCGGCCCCACCAGGCGAUGGCUAUGGCCAGUAUCCCCAACAACCGUACAGCCAGCCCGAGCAACCUGAAGACCACGCCUCGCAGCCAGCCGCCCACCACCAUGAUGGCGACCACAAGAAAAAGAAGAGGGGAUAUGCCGCCCAGGCUUUUGAUUUUGGCACCGGCGCAAACGUCACUGCCGGAACUGGGUCCGCACCCGCCGCCGCUCAGUAUGGGAUGCCUCAACCCCAAGCUCCUGGCUACGGAGGAUACCCGCAGCAGGAUCCUCAAGUAGUUUCUCCAGGAUAUCCAGCCCAGCCCUAUAAUGCGCAGCAGUUCGGGGCUCCUGCUUCCAGUGGAGCGGGCGGCUAUCAAGCCCCGGACGCAUAUUAUCCGGGCCCUGGUGUACCCGCCCCCGGCGCCGGAGCGGCUGCGGGGAUAGGCAAUAUCACUGCCGGCAUGGCACAGAUGCAAAUGGGUCCCGGAGCUCAACAGGCGAUGCCUCAUGCCCAACAAGCCGUUGCUUUGAACCAACUCUAUCCCGUUGAUCUUCUCAACCAACCCUUCAACCCCGCUGAAUUGGAGUUCCCCCUCCCCCAUUAUUCUCCCGCCCAACCGCGACCAAUUCACCUACGGCCAAUUGCCCCCAAAUACGUGCGCUCGACCUUGAACGCGAUUCCCACUACCAACAACCUCUUGAAAAAGUCAAAGCUUCCUUUUGCCCUCAUCAUCCAGCCAUAUGCCUCCCUCCACGAUAUCGAUGACACCGUCCCCGUUGUCCAGGAUCAGGUCAUCUCUCGGUGCCGGCGAUGUCGAUCCUACAUUAACCCAUACGUAACUUUCUUGGACAACGGCCACAGGUGGAGAUGCAAUAUGUGCAACCUCACCAAUGAUGUGCCCCAGGCAUUCGACUGGGACGCGGCUUCGCAGAGGAGCGUGGAUCGAUGGGAGCGUCCUGAACUGAACCACGCAGUGGUGGAGUUUGUAGCCCCUCAAGAGUACAUGGUUCGCCCGCCUCAGCCUCUUGUCUACUUGUUCCUCUUCGACGUUAGCUACGCGGCUGUUUCCUCCGGCUUGCUCGCCACUUGCGCCCGCACAAUCCUCGACAGCCUUGACCGGAUACCAAAUGCCGAUCGGCGUACCAGGCUUGGCUUCGUCGCGGUGGACUCUAGCCUUCACUAUUUCUCUAUCCCUAAGGAUGAGGACGCGAAUGCUGAGACUAGCAUGCUUGUCAUUAGCGAUCUUGACGAGCCUUUCCUCCCCGUGCCUCACGACCUGCUCGUACCCUUGACCGAGAGCCGCCAGAGCAUCGAAAGCUUCCUAACCAAGCUCCCAGAGAUGUUCCAAAACAACCAAAGCAAUGGCUCAUGCAUGGGGUCGGCGCUUCGCGCAGGCCACAAGCUUAUCUCUGCCAUGGGCGGAAAGCUUGUUGUCCUCAGCGCGUCACUGCCUAACCUAGGUGUCGGCAAGUUGGAAAGCCAGGUCUCCAUCGACAUGUUUCUUUUCUCGUCCAACUACCAGGAUGUUGCCUCGCUCAGCAACCUUCCCAGGUACACUGGCGGUCAAACUUGGUUCUACCCUGGCUGGAACGCCGGCCGGCCAGAGGAUGCCAUCAAAUUUGCUAGCGAGUUCAGCGACUACCUAUCGUCCGAAAUUGGUCUAGAAGCUGUAUUGAGGGUGGCAAUCGAUGAGACGGUUACCAAGAACGUUGCCUGCUUCCAGGCCGCCGUGCUUCACACCACUUGUAACGGUGAGCGGCGAAUUCGCGUGUUGACACUCGCCCUCCCCACCACCCAGAAUCUCAGCGAUAUCUACGCGUCUGCGGAUCAAUGUGCUAUUGCCACAUACUUUAGUCACAAGGCGGUGGAGAGGGCCCUAAGCAGCGGUCUGGAUCCCGCUAGGGACGGGCUUCAGUCUAAGAUCACCGAGCUUCUCCAGACGUUUAGGAAGGAGCUUGCUGGUGGUAGCAUGGGUGGCGGCCUUCAGUUCCCUGCCAACCUUCGUGGACUGCCCCUACUCUUCCUCGGCAUGAUGAAGAACCUCGGACUUAGAAAGUCGGCUCAAAUCCCCUCGGAUCUUCGGUCGGCCGCCUUAUGCCUGCUUUCCACUCUACCGGUGCCCCUCUUGAUGCAGUACAUCUACCCGCAUAGUGCUCCCCCACCGCUGAACCUUUCUUCGGAACGUAUCGUCUCCUACGGAUUAUACCUCAUUGACGACGGCCAGACCCAGUUUCUCUGGGUUGGUCGCGACGCUGUGCCACAGCUUCUGGCCGACGUGUUUGGUGUAGAAGAUAGGACCCAGCUUCGUGUCGGUAAGGGCACGUUACCCGAGCUUGAGAACGACUUCAACGAGCGUAUCCGCGCCGUGAUCCAAAAGAGCCGAGACCACAAAGCCAAGGGAGUUGGAAGCAUUAUCGUCCCUCACCUUUAUAUCGUCCGCGAAGAUGGCGAGCCCAGCCUCAAACUCUGGGCCCAGACCUUGUUAGUCGAGGACCGCGCGGACCAGGGCCUUAGUGCUGCCCAGUGGCUUGGCGUUCUUCGAGAAAAGGUCGUACAGUGA